AUGCGAAAUACUGAAAUACGGUUGUGUUUUCCUCACACUGACCUCCCGGCCGUGCCGUGGGUGGGCGAGCCGCCUCGCCAGGGCGCCCCCAUCACCGGUUUUCCGCACUGCACGACGAGGUCCCUGCUCGGGGUCGGGCGAGGGGCCCUGGGCGGGGGUGGCAUGUGUGGGCGUGUAUCGCCUCUCGGCAGCAAGGAUAUUCCUGCAUCCAGUGGCUCUGGGUUCAUAGUGUCUGAGGAUGGGCUCAUUAUUACCAAUGCUCAUGUCAUCACUAACCAGCAGCGGAUUCAGGUGGAGCUCCAGAGUGGGGCCCAGUAUGAAGCCACUGUCAAGGACGUUGACCAUAAAUUGGAUCUCGCGCUGAUUAAGAUUGAGCCAAAUACUGACCUUCCUGUAUUGCUACUGGGAAGAUCAUCUGACCUUCGGGCUGGAGAGUUCGUGGUUGCCUUGGGCAGCCCAUUUUCUCUGCAGAACACAGUGACAGCAGGAAUUGUCAGCACUACACAGCGAGGAGGCAAAGAACUGGGGCUGAAGGAUUCAGAUAUGGACUAUAUCCAGACUGAUGCAAUAAUUAAUCACGGGAAUUCUGGGGGGCCUCUGGUGAACUUGGAUGGAGAUGUGAUUGGCAUAAAUACAUUGAAGGUGACUGCAGGAAUCUCCUUUGCCAUUCCCUCAGAUCGAAUUAGACAGUUCUUGGCAGAAUACCACGAGCGCCAGUUGAAAGGAAAGGCUCUUUCACAGAAGAAAUAUCUGGGUCUGCGAAUGCUGCCCCUCACUAUGAACCUUCUUCAAGAAAUGAAAAGGCAAGAUCCAGAUUUCCCUGAUGUGAGUUCUGGGGUUUUUGUAUAUGAAGUGAUUCAAGGAACAGCUGCUGAAAGCUCUGGGUUGAGAGACCACGAUGUAAUUGUCAGCAUAAAUGGACAACCUGUUACUACCACAGCUGAUGUUAUUGAAGCUGUUAAGGACAAUGAUUCCCUUUCCAUCACUGUUCAUCGGGGAAAACAAAUUUUGUUCCUGACAGUCACACCUGAAAUAAUCAAUUAAGUCUUGCUGUAAAGAGAGAUUAU